GGGAGGAGCCAAUGGAGGAAGGGGGCUUGGUGGAGCAAGUAGGGCCGCUUUGCAGGAGGGCACAGCUGUUGAAAUACGGGAAGACGUCUUUUUCGGUGAGGAAGAAGAUGUUAAAGACUUUAGUCAACUAUCAUAGUAAUGGAUCUUGGUCAGAAAAAUGAGACUGAAUUGGAAAAUGGUGAAAAUAAUGAAAUUCAAAGAACAGAAGAAACUGAAUUAGUCUAUACUUGUCCAGAUGAAAGAAGUGACGAGAAUCAUGUUUGUUGUCUUCUCAAUGUCAGUGACAUUACGCUUGAACAAGAUGAAAAAACCAAAGAGUUUGUCAUCGGAACUGGAUGGGAAGAAGCAGUCCAAGGCUGGAGAAGGACUUCUCCAACUGCGUGCAUCUGGCCCAGGAAGAAGCUUAAAAAGGCGAGAGCGGGAGAAAGUGCCAGCAGCUGCUUGCUCUGUGUCAAUCUCUCCCAGGGCAGCCUGGAGGCCCGGCUUCAGUUGGAGGCAGGGAAGUUGGAGUCCGGGGCAUCAGCUCUGGUUGAGGCAGGCCCAGAGAAGGAGGGGCUCAGCCUCUCCCAGACUCCAGGCCUCCCCCAAGGCCCCACCACUGCCUCCAGGGAAGUGAACAAGAUCUGCUUUCCCACCUACAGUCAGGGAGAGAAAAAAAGCCUUCAAAUAAAGGAGUUUAUUUGGUGCCUAGAAGACUGGACUACACCUGAGACUGUUAGGGGCAAGGGUCCCAGAAGCCCUGGUGGUCCCUCCCUCUCAAACUCCUUGACCUCCAAAGCCCUUUUAGUUCUGCCUCCCCUGAAGGCCUCACCCCCAAAUGGCUUGGAUGUUCUGGGUAAGAAGAGUAAGAACUUGGAGCCGGACGAGAAGGUGCUGAGUAUGGAAAAGGAUGAGUGCGUGGCUUGUGCAUAUGGAUUGAAAGCAGUUGAUGGGACAGGUGAAAUGAGACCCAUUGAGCUGGCCAAGCCUCGCAAGGUCAAGGAAACACAGCCUCUUCCCACCCCGGUGGCUCGGACAUCCCUGCUGGCUGCCCCCCAGCCCUGCCGCCUGCCCUGGUCCCUCCUGCCUGAGAAGAACCUGGCGUGGCCCCCCUACCCCAGCAGCAUUCGCUAUCUCGCCACCUUGCAGUUUUUGCAGAAACAAGGAGCACGGAGCCACAAAGCCAAGCUCAGACCCAGAGAGCCGAGACCUCCCGUGGAAACCCCAAAGUGUGUUCUCACAGAGGCCAAGCAGGAAAACAGACCCCAGACGUUGGAGACCAAAGUGUUCUCAAGGCCCCUCCUGCCGUCCCUCACACACAGGAAAAAGAAGAUAAAGUAGGAGAGGGAUCAGUUUCAAAUUCAGUCCUAAGCAGCAACAUGUUUGAGAUGCAAUCAUAAAACCAAAUAUUUCACCCAGGACAUGGAAAAAGCAGUGGAUCACAAGAAACAAAGAGUUAAAAGCUGCAAGUAGAGGCAGUAAGAAGUACCAAGCUUGGAAUAAGGUCUUAUUGACACACACCAUGCUAAGAAGCUCACUCCUUUCGGCCAAAAAAAAAAAAAAAAAAAAAAAAAAAGGCUUUGUUCACAUUGAGGUAACAUAUAUACUAGAACACAGUUGCUAUGGAGAUUUAUUUUUUUAAACAUUUUUUCAUUUUCUGAAAUAUUUGACUAUUUUACUGAUAAACUAAAAAAGAGUAUUAUUUGCUUUAACUUUGUUGUUUCUCUUCUGUAGCCGAGUAUGUCCUGAAGUACUAACCUGCUUGAUGGUAAAGUACCAAAAGCUAAUGGAAGGGCUUUAAUAAUGAGUUUCUCCUAUGACAACCUUCACUGUUUCUGAUUUUGUGGAUUUAAAACCAAGUUACAAAUGUGUUUAUUAUGUUAUUUAAUAGCAAGGCAGUUAUAAAAUUUAGAUUUUUCUGCAGUUUGUUCCAAGAACUGAAUAUUGGUCCUCUUUCAGUUUGAGCAUUAUAGACAAUGCUCUUAAUUCAUUCACAUACGUUGGGCAUUUUGCUUCUUUCAAACAGGCAUAUUUUAUUUAUUUAUUUAUUUAUUUAUUUAUUGUCUUUUUGCCUUUUCUAGGGCCGCUCCUGCAGCAUACGGAGGUUCCUAGGCUAGGGGUGUAAUCCGAGCUGCAGCCGCCACCUGCGCCAGAGCCACAGCAACACCAGAUCCGAGCCAUGUCUGCAACCUACACCACAGCUCACGGCAAUGCUGGAUCCUUAACCCACUGAGCAAGGCCAGGGAUCAAACCUGCAACCUCGUGGUUCCUAGUCAGAUUGGUUAACCACUGAGCCAUGACGGGAACUCCCAAACAUGCAUAUUUUAAAAUACAGUGCCUAAAAUUGUUAACUUGAGGACACCAAAAAUCUGAGAAUCCCUUUCAUUUGCUCUUCAGCCUGCCUCUUGGUAUGUAAAUAAGUAUAUCUGAUAAUUAUAAGUACAGUUCACACAACUGAGAGAACUCUGGAUUUAAACACUGUAAAACAGUGGUAUUUAGUGGACUAUCUUCUUGACCAUAAGAACCUUACACCAACCAACAUCUUGGUGAAUAAGCUAGAUGAAAAUUCGUGUCAUUUAACAGGCUUUUAGAUGUUGGGAGCGAGCAGUAAGCCAAAGAACUGACGUGUCCUCUCCCAGUGUCAGAUCUCAUCAGUGGUGCUUCAUACACUUCAGAUGAGAACACAUAUAUAUUAUGAGAUCUAAAGAAAAUAAAAACUGCGUAAUACUUGAGACUUCAAAGGUUCCAUUUCUAAACCCCUCAAAGUUGCAUAUUCCUCCUCCUCUUUAUUUGUUUAUUUUUGUCUUUUCUAGGGCCACUCCCGAGGCAUAUGGAGGUUCCCAGGCUAGGGGUCCAAUUGG